UUAAAUUAUCUUUUAUAAAAGAUAUGGGAGUGCUGCAAUCUCGACCACAAACGGCCACCUUCACUAGGGAGGAGCCAGCUGAUGGAAUUACUUUAGAAUUCUCGGAUGCAUUUCUAAACGACUUAUCAAAACCCAAACAAUAUACCAACAUUCAAGAAAAACAAAACUAUAAUAUAGACGAAUUAUUGGAAAUCGCUAGAGAGCAAGGUUAUCAAGAAGGUAAAAAUCAGGCUGAAUUUUCUUUUUCCAAAGAAUUAGAGAGAAUGAAAGAAGAAUUUCAAAGCGAACAGCUCGCUGAUAUAGAAGAUGUUACUAAGCAGGUUGCAUUAAAAGAAAACCAAAUAUUUCAAUACUCAGCUGAAAUUUUGGGCCAGUACAAAAAUAGUUUGAGCAAAGAUUAUUGUAAUUAUCUUAGGGAUUCAGUAGAAAGGUGCCUUAGGAGUAAUCCGAAGAGGAUUUUGAAUUGCCACCAAGCUGUCGAAGAUUUUUAUAAAUGUGUACAAUUCAAUAAACAAUAA